CGCUGCUGCAGCUCCGGCGCCCAGAUUUUCCUUGAGAUCUAAACCGGCGGCCUGUAACAGCGCACAAACCAAUAAAUAUCUCGACGCCUCAGUUCUGUCGACGUUGAAAACUCCGCUGCUGCGCAUCGUGUGUCGGGCACCGUAACCAACGCCCCGUGGACUCAUGCUGCCCCGCCAAAAGAGAGAGAAAGAGAGAGAAGGGCAGGGAGAGAGCUCGUUAUGCAAGGGGACCCGACGAAAUUGAAACGGAACGAGCCGGGGUCCCUCGGUUCGUCGAUCGUUUGAGGACGAUUCUUUCCCUGCGCCUCGUCCCUUCGCCCAGGUCGGACUCACGUCGCGGACGACCGUCAGCGGCUGCAGAGUCAGUUCGUCCAAGAUGGCGACUCCCACUGAGCUGUCUCUGGAGGAGAUUCGCAAUUACCUGCUGGAAAACGGGGGCACGACGCGGAAUCACGACCUGGUGAAGCAUUUCAAGCGGUUCCUGACGGACCCGGAGACCCGAGUCGAGGCGAGGAAUCGUUUCAAGGAGUACGUCAACAUCCUGGCCACCAUAAAGAACGAGGAGGGUGAAAAGUACUUGGUCCUCAAGAAGAAAUACCGACAACCCUUCUUAGACCUUUCAUCCCCCAAGCAAGUGGGAUCCCCCCUCGCCACCCCCGAUUUAGCCACUUCGCCUCUUUCGCCACUUUCUCCUCUACGCGAGCCUCCACCUUAUCGGCCGCCACCCCCUGCACCCCUCAGUCCGUCUUCGAGUAGUUCUCACGUGAGCCUCGAAGAGAGUGCUACGUCGAUAUCUAUUCGCGUAAAAAAUGGCAAUUUGGCGGAGCCUGGUGCAUCGGCGUCGUCACCACCCGUUCCUCCGCGUCGCAAAAGUCAGGACAAGCUCAAGGUGGAGAACAAGGAGAAUGUCGACAAAAAUAGGAACAGCACCUCGGAAACCGUCAUUAAGGAGGAUGAAGUAGUAACGACGACGAAUCCCUCCUCGGCUGAGCAGCUCAGCGUUCGCGAACGGAUGCAACGCUUCAAUCGAAUGGCCAGCGAGACCGAUCUUCAUGCCCGGCAUAACGAUACAACUGUUCCUGCUAGGAAACGAGCAGAUAAGGGCGCCGACGAGGAUGACAGCGCUUCCGUUGCCUCGCAACUGGAUGGAAAAUCGCGGGAGUGGCUGGUCAGGGCGGCGCAGGGGGACUACCAGGCGCUGGCGAAGCUCGCAGCCGAGGAACCUCGUCUCACCAGGCUCAAGGAUCCGACUUCCGGCUAUACGGCUUUACAUUGGGGCGCGAAACACGGCGACGAGAACAUCGUGAAAUUAAUAGCGGGCACCUACAGAGACUGCAUCAAGAGUGUCAAUGAGACUACGAACGGGGGCUACACGCCGCUGCAUAUCGCCAUGCAAUUUGGCCACGAGAACAUAUUCAAUCUCUUGGUUCAAGUAUACGGUGCGAAUCAGGAGGUACGUGACUACAGCGGUAGGAAGGCCAGACAGUACCUGGCCUCGCAAGAGGCGGCAGUCAGCCAGGACACGUUCCACAAAAUAAAAGCAAGGAAAAAGCAUGCAGAGAAAGAUCUUGGUUUCCUACGAAUUGGCUCAUUGAACGUUCGCGUGAAACGUACGACGGAAGCCUUCAGUCAAUUCCUGGGUGUGGCAACCAGCAGUACGGCUAACAACAACAACGAGAAGAUUCAUAAGUCAUGGGGAUCCGCGGAUAAUGUUCAGCUGGAUCAGAAGCUGAUGCCACCGCCGAAGUACGCACCCAUCAAGAAGCGCAGGAGCAGACGGACGCAGGACUUCAAUUCGUUGCAGGAGCAGCAGCAGGUUGCCAGUCAGCCGACUACGCCGUUGCUGCAAAGCAAGAUCAGACCGAAUCGAGCUGUGCAGCGUCGACCGACGUCCACGACAUCGGUCAGCACCAACUCUAUCGCACCCGGAUCCGGCAGCGUCCAGCAGAAUGGCGAUUCCGACUCCGAUACAGCAUGCGGUUUCGAUUCCGCGUGGCGAGGAUCGGCUCAGCUAUAAUUAGCCCAUUUCAUCACUCUAAACACCAAUCACGCUUAUAAGACUGCACAUGAUGAAGAGCUUCGAUCCCGAAAAGCUUCAGGGACUGAUAGUACCUCUUGGCAAUUCUUUAAAAAUAAUGGCGAAAGUGGGGACAUACGUACAUGUUGCUCGCAGCAAUUGUCUCCACGUCAAUGUUUUUUAAUACACGGAAUUCGCAGAUUGUUUUAUUUGGCAGGAUUUAAUUGUUAAUAAUCAAAAAAAUCGAAUAAUAAAGAUUGCGGAUACUUCAGACA